AUGCGCUUGCUCCCUCGCUCGCUCGCUCGCUUGCCUCCUCCCCUCCUCUCCUCUCCUCUCCUCUUCCUCCUUGUGCUCCUUGUGCGUCUUCUGCUUCCUCUGCUUCCUCGUCUGCUUCGUCGUUGUGUGCCUCGUCCGCGUCUUUCCGUGGUCUGCUCGAUGCGGUUGGCCGGGGCGGUCGGUCGUGUCAUUGCCAGCGCGAUUUGGUUGCGAGCCCGUGUGAGUGUGCUAGAGUGUGCUGAUUCGCGUGCGCUUGCAUCUGUGCGGGGUUCGUUGUUUGGUACAGUCGUCGUCGUUGAGUGAUCGUCGUUUGCCGCUGUCGAGCAAUGUGGCUGUGAGCGUGGCGGAGGUGUGUGAUUGUGACUUAGGUCCCGUCGAGUGGUUUUGUUGAUCACAUGUUUGGGGGGCGCUAAGGAUGAGAAAUGGUCUCUUCGUCGUCAGGAUCUGGAGCAGACAGGCCCGGCCCCGAGCUUAGUCAGGCCCCGGAUACGACUGCGGACGCGGCGUGUGGUGCCCAGGCAUGCGAGGAUUCACAGGGCCCUUUGCAGUACCCGGAAAAUUCGCGAUGGGAAAAAGCCUCGAAUGGUCGAGAGUCUGGUCUGGUGGUUCGCCUCUUCCCCAAUCCCCCGCAGAUUUUUGGAGCAUCGCAAGCACAGCAACAACAUCAGCCAGGUCGAGAUCAUGAUAGGUACCGAGACUCUGCCGAGACUCUGUCGCAAUCGGAGCUACGUCCUCUGGAAGCAGAAGCCUUAAGUUUGAGCAGAAUGUUGAAGUCCUUGCAACCGCCACCUCAAGAAGAGUUCAGCUUUCCCACCUCAGGCUUGAGCACGGAGCCCGAAUCACCCCCUGCCACUCCUGCCGCAUACACCAAGCGGACGGUGGUUGCACCCGCUGACAGUACCGUAGCUGGAGCUGGAGCUGGAGCAGGAGGGGAGGCAUAUGCAGGCACUGACGAUUCCGUGCUCCCACGAUCUCCCAGAGGUCUCCGUUUACAGGCAAGGGAUAAGAAUGACGCAAUGCCUGCUUUCAGUCCUAGCAGCUACGGGAACUCUGCCCUGUCGCCGACGAAGAGUCCCAAGUCGAGAAGACGAACUCCUGGAGGAUUCGCUUUUUCUUCCUCUAGGGGCAGCACUCCCAGUUCCUCCGUGGGAUCUGCUUCCGAGCUGCAGUUCCCGGUUGUUCUUCAGAGCCCUUCGUCACCCGAGCCUCUGAGGCCAGGCUCUCCUCUCAAAUGGAGCUCCAGAAUUUCACCCGUCGAAGACACGCCUGUUAUCGAAAAUGGAAUCAGGGAAACGCCUGUCCAAGGGUUGGUCCAACGCAAUCCUUCUUUCGCGAUGUACAUACCUCACAACGUCAGCAGCAAACUCUCAUUCGAGGACGUGAGCAGGAAUUCCGCACUCAGCAGCAGCGAGAUAACUGGGAGCGAUUCCAGCCGAGAUCUCUCUGCGGUCGUGCAAAAGCUGAAGCAGCAGCAGCAGCAAUAUCCUAAAUAUAUAAGCUUGGGCGAGUUUGAACUGAACGGAGUGCCUCUAGGUCUUGCAGAUUUGGACAGUACCGAGUUGGACAUUUCUUUUGCCCUGGAGUACAGAGGCCCUCCAAUCAAUCAUGUCGUUCCCAAGGUGGAUCCCCUGGACUUGACGGCAGUGAGGUCCCCGUCCCCCGAUGAAGCUUUCUCGCCCUCAAUCUCCGUUGCUCCACCCUCUCCCGCCAGAAGCAGGAGAAGUAUUCCCGGGUUGACAGUCCCUUCGCCGGACUCGGGAGCAACCGGUUCUUUCUUUACCCCGAUAAAUAUUUCCGCGGAAACAGGUGCUGAGAGUCCUCGUCUGAAGAGACCUCCCAGGAAUCGGCCCUCGGAUCGACAGACUAACUCCGAAGUGCCGCAAAUCGCCGCGGAUCAAGGGUAUGGGGACAUCAGGCAUACAGGCAACUCGUCGCCCGAAGCAGGGCCGACUGUAGCUCGAAACCGAAGAAAUUCUAUGGGCGAUGAUUUUUCUUCUAAAGGCUACUCUUUCUCCUCCCACUCUUUUCGAGGUGCCGUCGCAGAAUCGACGCUGACUCCGAGUAAAUCAGAACCCUUUCUGUUUAAGAGACCCUCGAAAGGCUACAAAGAUGACGAUUCCAUCCGCGAUGUUACUCACAAGCUAGGAUCAGCGUCCAUGUCAGGGAUUGAUCACAUGAAUUGUGCUGGUUAUCAGGGCGGGAAUUUUAACUACGGUGAAACGGAUGUCAUUCCACAGCAAAGACGAAAAGGGGAAUGCUGGGUAUGUGGAAAAGGUCACUGGUUAUACGCGGAAAGGGAGUCCUGCUUGGUAUGCAAUGCCAAGUAUUGCUACAACUGUAUUCUCACGGCAAUGGAGUCCAUGCCGGAGGGUCGCAAAUGCAAGGACUGCAUCGGAAAGCCUGUUGAUGAUACACGGAGGGCGUCCAUCGGAAAACCAUCGAAGCUUUUGAAUAGGCUGCUAAGUCCACAGGAAGUCCAGCAGAUUAUGAAGGCAGAGAAAGAAUGUGCUGCCAAUCAGCUGAAACCCGACCAGCUGUGGGUAAAUGGGCGACAAUUAAGCGCGGAGGAAUUGUCUGUUCUUCUUGGGUGCCCAAAUCCUCCUCAAAAGCUGAAGCCUGGGAAAUAUUGGUACGACAAACAAUCAGGACUUUGGGGAAAGGAAGGAGAGAGGCCCGACAAGCUCAUCACUCACGACUUAAAAGUAGGCGGAAUCUUGAAGGAGAACGCAAGCAAGGGUACCACUCAGGUUUUCAUGAAUAAUCGAGAACUGGGCAAGCUGGAGCUGAGAAUGCUGAAGUUUGCUGGACUUCGUUGCACUCCACCUACGCACCUAUGGGUCGAUAACGAGGGUUCUUAUGUGGAGGAGGGACAAAAGAAAGCGAAGGGGAACAUCUGGAAAAAGACAUCAAUCAGGUUGUUGUAUCCUUUCUUUUCGUUACCAACCCCUGGUCCAAAUAAUCGGUUCUCAAGGGAAGAUCAACGCGAUUCUCCUGACGUAUAUGUUCCAGAUUAUUUGACACAAAACAAGCUACACAAACUGUUGCUUUUGGGUCACGAAGGCUCUGGUCGGAGCACGAUUUUUAAGCAGACAAAGUUUCUGUUUAAGGAUGGGUUUGACGAGGAAGAGCGGCAGAAAAUGAAAGCGAUGAUUCAAUGCAACAUCUACCGCUACGCCAUUAUUCUCCUCGAAGGUCGAGAGCGCUUUGAAGAGGAGGACGAAGACUUGGCCGAGAUUGCAAGCUAUAGUCCCGGGAAGAAUACGGAUGGACGGCGAAGUAUAUAUGCGUUGGAUGAGAAACUGAAAACGAAAGCUGAUUGGUUUUUGGACGUUAUGGCCGAGGGCGACUUAGAGACCGUGUGUUCUGCAAGUAACCAUGAGUACGCCUCUUUAGUCGUAGACUUGUGGAAAGAUCCCGCCAUCAAGGCCACGUACAAGAGGAAGGAUGAACUCAGCGCUUUGCCACAUUACGCUGACUACUUUUUAGAUAAGGUAACGGAGUUUUCGAGUAACGAGUACGUUCCUUCGCCUUUAGACAUUAUUCGUGCCGAAGGGCUUGCACAAGGAUCAGGGUUGGCUGAAGUGGAGUUCUCUUUGGAUGACAAAAUUUCAUCAUAUCAGGAUGUCGAGGGCUCGUCACCGGAAAGGUACCAGCUUAUCAAAGUUGGGGGUAAAGGAAUGGCCGAAGGGUGCAAGUGGCUUGAUAUGUUUGAAGAUGUCCAUGCAGUUAUUUUCUGCGUGGCAAUCAGCGACUACGAUCAAGUGUGUCCAGACUUUGACGGAGUUUUACGGAGUAAAUUGCGUCAAACUGAACUUUUUGAGAGUGUCCUUAAACACCCUGUGCUCCGUGAAAAGCCUUUUGUAUUGCUUUUAAAUAAGUACGACCUCUUUGAGGACAAAUUUUGCAAAGAUGUACCCCUCACUACCUGUGAAUGGUUUACGGAUUUCAAACCUGUUGGAGCAUCUCAGAUGACGCCACAGUGGCAGGCGCAACAAGCUUACACUUAUGUAGUUCACAAGUACAAGGAGCUUUUUGCGAAUGGAGGUUAUAAGGUGUUCACCUUCAAACUGAUGGCAACGGAACAAGAAAAGGUUUUGGAGGCUUUCCAGUACGUGAGGGAAAUUCUGAAAUGGAAAGACAACAAUGGCUAUGAAUUUGUAGAAGAAUCUUCAUACAGUACGGACAUGAGUUCCUACUCGCAACAUACUAUGCACGCAGGGCGGGAUGUCUACCAUGCCGAGAGGGUUGCGAGAAGCCUGGAUUUGUAGAUAAAGUAGGUUCCAGUAUUGGAUUAUUGUCAAGUAUCACCUGCCUUUUUAGGUCCCCAGUCUGGCUGUAAAUGUGAGCUAGAGCCAUCACCAGUGACUUGACACCCACCAUUUUGUAAAAUAUAGGCGUGUAAGAGAUUGUUUAGUCACUUUUAGGAAAGAUGAGUUGCGCGUCUGCAUUCAAUUGGAUUUUUUCCUGCUCAAAGAGUUUUUAGCAAUGGAUAACUGGAUAUAAGAAAGGGAGUCCCUUAUCUGGGUAGAGUAUUUUCUACUCUGAACAGCAUUAGAUCAUAUAUGCAACUGCAAGAAUCAAUAGGGUUUUGCCCUUGAUUGUCAAGAUGUAACUAGCCAUUAUACCUGUGCCGGACUGGGUUUACUUUUCCAUAGAUUCAGAAUAUACCACCGUUCUCCACGGUGAUGAGUCUCGUCAAUGAUGACUAUAGCACAUUCAUCUGUUGUUAUCUGUAUCGUCAUUGUUCUCGGAAGCAGUCCGGCAAUUUCAAGAUCAGGUUCUUGUGACGAAAGCAAUUUGCCGUCCAUGUUUUGUUUCAUGAACUUUGUACAUAUCAACUUUUACACACACAUCCAUCAUAAGACGGAAAUUUUGCGACACCAGUCCGGUGCCAACCUAUGUUGAUAUCCAGAUGUUUAAUAUAAUGAAAAUAUAGCAUAGAUGCCA